CUCAGCCCCCCAUCUCCUGCGACCCGUUCACUCAGGCAUCCGGGACACCCUUUUGGGCAUCCCAGGGUCCAGCAGGAGGCUUUCACUGCUGGCCAAGUGAAGCUGUGGUUUUGGAGGAGGGACUAUGUCGCUAGCAGCAACAGCGGGGGAGGAGGAGGAGCCGCAGCCGUCACAGAGGAGCUGCUGCCGCGGGCCGGGAGCGGGUUGUCGGUUCACCGUCCCCGCAGGGAGCGGUUCCCUCGCUCUGGUCCCUUCUGUUCCCCAGGUUUGCAACAAUGGUAAAGGAAGAUGUAAAUAACAGUGAAGAUUCUGAGCCAUCAGUAUGUGAGCGAAAUGGCAUGAUUCUUAUGCAUGAGCAAAGUGAGCAGGGACCAACAGCAGAUGCCAAAGGUACCGAUGGGAAUACACAAACAGAAGAAACUUCUCUCUUGAACCACUGUGCUCAGCAACCUCCAGAACCAAUAGCAGGGUCUUCAAGAACAUGGAGGCAAAUAUUUGCUUGUCCUCCUCAGGGUUUACUGGCCCAAACAGUGACAAAUGUUGCAGUCGUGGUCCUGGUUUGGGCUGUGGUUUGGUCCAUAACCGGGGCUGAGUGUCUCCCAGGUGGAAAUCUGUUUGGAAUUCUAUUUCUUUAUUUUUUUGCUGUCAUUGGAGGUAAAAUUUUUGGAUUCAUCAAAAUACGAACCCUACCCCCUCUCCCUGCUCUUCUGGGGAUGCUACUUGCUGGUUUCCUAAUCCGAAAUACUCCGUUCAUUAGUGACUUUGUCCAGAUAAACCUACGCUGGUCUGCAGCCCUGAGGAAUAUUGCUCUUUCAAUUAUCUUGACCCGAGCAGGACUCGGCCUGGAUCCAAAGGCUCUCAAGAAGCUCAAAGCCGUCUGUUUACGGCUUGCUUUUGGACCGUGCCUCUCAGAAACAUGCACAGCUGCUGUUCUUGCCUACUUUCUCCUGCAUUUGCCAUGGCAGUGGGGAUUUAUAUUAGGUUUUGUUGUAGGUGCAGUCUCCCCUGCUGUGGUGGUUCCCUCAAUGCUGAUUUUACAAGCUGGGGGAUAUGGAGUGGAGAAAGGUGUCCCAACUUUGCUAAUGGCAGCUGGCAGCAUUGAUGACAUUCUGGCUAUCACAGGCUUCAACACUUGCCUUGGAAUGGCUUUCUCCUCCGGUUCUACUCUGUACAAUGUGCUCCGUGGAGUGCUGGAAGUUGCUGUUGGCAUAGCAGCUGGGGGGAUUCUGGGAAUGUUUAUUCGAUAUUUCCCAAGCCAUGAUCAGGCAUCUCUGGCAUGGAAGAGAUCAUAUUUUGCCCUUGGAUUGUCCAUUUUUGCUGUUUUUGGCAGCAUCUACUUCGGCUUCCCUGGAUCAGGAGGACUCUGCACAUUAGUCUUAGCCUUUGUUGCAGGUGUGGGAUGGUCUGAUGAAAAGAGAGACGUAGAAAAAAUUGUGGCAGUUGCAUGGAAUAUCUUCCAACCUUUUCUUUUUGGUUUAAUUGGAGCAGAAGUAUCUGUUACAUCCCUUAGGCCUGAAACUGUUGGGCUCUGUGUUGCUAUAUUAGGCAUUGCCCUAGUUGUGCGAAUCAUAGCAACGUUCCUCAUGGUGUCUUUCGCUGGGUUUAAUUUCAAGGAGAAAGUAUUUGUCUCACUGGCAUGGAUGCCCAAAGCCACUGUCCAGGCUGCAAUAGGUUCUCUUGCCCUGGAUACAGCGAGAAGACAUCAAGAUGAGCAACUGGAAAAGUAUGGAAUGGAUGUACUGACAGUAGCUUUCUUGGCUAUCUUGAUUACUGCUCCAAUUGGAGCCCUGGUUAUUGGCUUGGCAGGGCCCAGACUUUUGCAGAAGGCUCAGACAAAUAGCAAGAAGGAUGAGGAAGGUGCUGAGGCUGGAGAAGAAGCAGAGGCCUGUGAACCUUCGUGAGACAGACAUCUACUGGAAUAUGGUCCUUCAAUCCUUACACAUUUGUUGAGUAAACAUGGCAUGUCUCUAAUCUCGCUGGAGGAAACUAAAACAAGUAUCAGUUACAUCUGCUAUUUUUAAAGCAGCCCUGGUGGAGUUCUAUAAAAUAUUUUAUUAUGCCUUGAGAUGAAAUAGCUGAACACAGAGUGAACAGGCUGACCAGGCAGUGAGUCAGAAGUUAGCAGUCAACAGUUACUCAAAAUGUGUGGGUGGUGAGGCCAGGGAGAGGGUCAGAACUGUUCAGGCAUGGAGUGGAGUCAUGAGGUGGAAUAUAAACAGAACAAAAUGGAGACUAAUGUGAGUAACUUCUUGAUGGUUGAAACUGGGCUGUGAGAUUACAGGUUCAAUAACUCAAAGAAAGCGACUUCCAAAUGCUGACACAUACUGAACAAGUCCUGCCAAGAGCUGGUGAUUUCCUCUCCUUCCUCAUUUGUGUUUCUAAAACUUGCCUUUUCCUAUGCUAUUCUUUCUCACAGCUGAUGCACUCCUUUGUGCCUUAGGGGGACUGUCAGCUCUGGUCAUUGCAAGAAACAGCAAGUGAUAAUUCUGUGCUAAAAGAGACAGUUGGGGCCCUCACAGACUGUGAUAAUAGACGUGUUGGUGCUGGUAGAAAAAAGGACAGAGUUUGAAAAUGGGAUGAGGGUUGUGAGGAGGUUAUAAGAAAUGUGAAAGGGUUGUGUAGGACUGGGAAGGCUGCUCCUUCACCUAUGUACCUCAGCCUUCACACACAAUGUGAAGGGAGGGAAAGCCAGCUCUUUGGCCACUGAGUGGCUGUGUUGUGGUGCUGGCCACUGUAGGACAGAUGGGAGAGCUCUUCACAGGUAGGGUUUGCUGACAGGGCAAGGCCUCAGCUCCUUCUGGGGAACUCAGCAGUAGCAGUAGACUUCUCCUCAAGAUUCAUGGGCCAGCCAGGAUCUCCUGUUGCUUUGUCCUAAUACCCAUCUGGCUGAGAAAAUGCCAUGACUGGGUCCUUCUCACAUCUGCAUUUGGAUAACUGCAGCAAAGGAAACCAGAUAUUUGUUAAAAAUGUAGCCGGUUAGUGCUCAUUUUUCCAAGAGGUGGCUGGCUGGAUUGACUAUGGAGACUGGAGGGCUCUCAGAUUUGCCAGGGCAUUUUUUACUCCUGACUGAUGCAGAAAACUAAUAUAAUUUAAAUGAACAGUUUUGAAAAUGGCAGCGCAGAGCAGGAUGAUACAAAGCAAAAGGAGCCUCAUUCUCACCUACUUUCGGGAAGGCUGCUGGGGGAAGGCAGGUGUCAUGAGUAAGCAGUGUUUAGGACACAGCACUAGCACCCUCUGCAUGUACACACAUCCUGUGGGUCUUUCCAGAAACACAAGAUGUGUGUGGCUGUGGAUCAUGGUAAUGAUUGGCAACACUCGUGUCGAAUACCUUGCUAAAAUAUUUCAGCAGGGGAAGCAAAAAGGUCAGAUGCAGUUUUCUUCAUUUUAUUUAAAUUAAAUGCCUCCUGCAAGUCAGUUGCAUUAUAGUUCACAUUUGAUUUUCCUAUUCCCAGUAGAGUUCCCUCUCUCUUCUCCUUUACUAUCCUAAAGCCAGGAGUAACUUCCUCUGUUGAUCAAAAUCCUGGUCUUGCCUUUAGCUUUGCUAUCACUUGACAGAUAGUAGCAAAUCUACCUUCCUCCGCUACAUUUUUUACAAGUAGUGAGCUCCAAGUAAGUUGUUCCCAGCUCCAUUCUGGGGCAUGGAGUCAGUACAGCAUCCCUCAGAAACUAAAAGUUAUUUUGUUAUUUUUUAGAAAGGAUGCUGUAUUGUGCCUGUAACUGAGGGGGAUGACACUACUCAGCAGAUUUCUACACUACAGUUCUCUGAAUUCAUGUUACAGAAUACUCUACAGAAUAUAUUUGAUGUGUCUAGAUUUUGGCACUAGUAAGAACUAACCAAUUCCAUUUUAACUUUUACAUUUUUAAUACGCAAAACAAAAACUGUACAAAAAUGCAUUUAACUACUUCAGUACUUUUAAUAUUGAAACUGUACUAUUUGCAGAGUGUCACAUAUGCCUCUAUAUACAGAUUAAUUACAGAUCAAUAUGUGUUCCUUUGUAUAUGCCUUCUUCUCCAAGGGAGAAAGAAAGCUUCCUGAGAAAUGUUUAAGGUUCAUAGCCUGCAAUUCCAGCACAGUGAUAAAAAUACGAGGAAAUUCUUUGGCAAGUUUUCCUCUAACAGUUGUCAAGUACACUGGUAUUUUUUUACUAUACACACUGCUGUUCUCUCUGCUUCCUUGGGAAUGUACCAUCUUUAGUUCAGUUCAUGUUUGUCUCCUGACCUGAAAAGAUGCUUUCAAACUGUGCACCAAUGAAUGGUUAAGGGUGCUGUGCUUGGUGGUUAUUGUGUCAUCCCUUGACUUCUGUGCCUGUUCUGCCUACUUUGCAUGGCUAAGGGAAGGCACUCUGUUCCUUAAAUAGGGGUGGUUUUAAUAGGAGGUUAUUGUAUUUUGAAAUUGUAUUGUCUAUAAACCUAACUGACAAGGUGAGGGAAUACAGUGUUCAGUUCAGACUGUCUGUAAAAUAAUUCCACUUGAGUAAAACUUUGAGGAGUUCACUUUUUCAUAAAGUUUUAUAAAAAGCUGAAUCCUCCCACUGAGAUCACUAUGCCAAAUUUGGAAUCUGGUCGAUAACAGAAGUGUGAUGUUGUAAGGAUUACAGCCCUUUAAAUUUGGACACAACCUUAAGUAUGCAAGCAAACCUCUGACAAAGAGCCUUUGUUCAUGAUAACCUUACAACCGUAACAGCAUCUCAUAAAUCAGAUUUACCAUGUCCCCUUUAACCUCAAUGCACUCUCAAUUUAUGCAUUAGAUCACUUCCACCAUUCUGAGUUCCUGAAUAGCUAUACCACUGAAAAGUGUCAUCUUUUUGCUAAUCUAAAUGAAAUUGAAUGCAUUUUUCUUUCUUUGCUACCUUAUGUGGAUAUUUCUCAUAAGGCUCCUUUCCCCCAGCUUUUAUUAAAUCUUCAGAAAGAUUCAGGUUGAAGCUAUUACAUAGACCUGCAGAUCUAAAACUAAAAGCGUUAAAGCUUUGUAAUGCUCCUCUCCUUACCUUCCAGAAAAGAAGAAAACACUUGCAUCUUGUCAUGAAAAGAAAUCUUAUAUGAGGACUAAGAACCUAUAACACUGUGUUUUUUAAUAAGUAUCACGACAAUUUCAGCCGAUUUUAAAUAGCUGUUAACUUUGAGAGAUACGAUUUCACUUUUUAUCUUUUUAUGUGGGUGAAUCGUAACAUUCAAGACCACCUCCCUUUUAACAAAACACCAGGGAAAUCAUUAAUGAAUAAUGCAUAAAUUCAAGCCAAGAGAAUCUGUAUGCCAUGCCAGUCUCUUAUUUGUGGGAAGUAAAAUUAGAGCACAAUGUGCAGUAACUGAUAACCAGAGGAAUCCCGCUCUCAUGCAGACACAAUCAUAGGCAUAGCACGGGAGAGUACCGAAUGUGCCGUUCCAGAAGGUUCAGAAGAACCUCUGCAGCAGAAGGUCUGACAGCAUUCCUGGCAGCCAGCAUUGGGCAGAGUUACAGGAGGCAGCAUAUGGGAAAAGACAGAAACUGGCCAUCUGGAAGCAGGGAAUUGCACAGGCCAGGGGAUGCAGUGACAAUGUAAUUAUAAUCACUGCUUACUCUCUCUUUUUCAGCCAGUUUUUUAAGGAAUUUAGACUGAAGCCUGAAGUUAACUGUGAAACAGUCAUGGUGUAAUACAGCCAAAAAACAAUGAAUGAUAAGUUUCUACAUUUUGCUUUUGUAAUAAACAGAGUGAAAGAGAUCAAAUUUUGGGUCAGCUGCAUUUCAAUUACAUUUACUUUGUCUAGUAGUUGCCACAAAUCUAACACCUUUCUCUAAACUUGCAAGUUUAUUUGUAGCCUAAUCUAACUAUUGUUCAAAUUAUAAUCAAAAGAAAGGUAAACAUUACUGUUCUAGUAGAGUAAAAAGAUAUGUCACAAUAUGCCAAUUUCAGUUUCUCCUGAUUUUUUAUUGAGACUGUGAAGACCUCAGUUCUCAAGUCCACUACCUCAGUUCUGGUCUUUAUUAGCCUUCAAGGCAAAUUUAUCCCUCUGUGUGGAGCUUCCAAAUUAGGUUAGAAGAGUCAGGUAAUUGGUUCAACUCGCUCUAUUGCUGGUGAAAUACAGGGCACUGCAGGCCCUUCAGCUCUUAGCUAUCUAUCUCUGUAGACUUCAGGUAGAUGAUUUGAACUGAUUAGUAAAUUCUUUGAGAUUUUCUACAGAAAUUUCUGUGUCCAUGAGACAGUAUUACCUUGACAGAUUUUGAAAUGCAAGGAGAUGGUGAUUUAUCUUGCUUGUGAUCGUCGUUAUAUUAUUAUUAUAAAGUACUAAAACAUCCUUUCUACAAAGGCACUGUAACUGAGUGCUGCUUUUGCAACACUACAAAUGCGUUCCAUUCCAUUACAGACAUAAGCACAAAAAACCAAACUCCUGUUUAUUCCACAGCCACAUUUGUAGAUAGUUUAACAGCAAUCUCUUCUAAGAGCAGGCAGGGGAAAAAACUAUUUCACAAUUGAGCUGUAUUAAAGAUGGAGUGAAGAGGUUAAACCUUACACUGUCAUUCUGCUUUUAGAGGAGCUUUUUUUUGCUGUAUUACUUAAUUCAGCAAGGUUUGUCGUAGUUUUAACUGGUUUGGUUUUGAUUUCAGAGGAAACCAAACUAUUUGAAUACAAAAUAGUAUCCUGAUAAAAGAUGGAAGUACAUACAGGGCUUUAUAUAAUAACAGCCUGCUACAAUGGGCUGUGGAUUUUAGAGCCUGAAAAAAGAAAUCUAAAGACAGGCUUUUGCAUUUCACAAUAACUUCUUCACCAAACCCAAGAAUUGGGGCUUGGUGUUCAAUAUACCUCUUUAAGUGAAGACUGAGUAUAAGACACUUAAUAUUACACAUUUUUAUCUAUUUUAAAUGUUAUAUACUAAUAUGUUUAUGCUUUGCUUAUCCGUUGAAGUAAGACCACCAUGAAGCAUUAAUACAUUAGAGGUUAUACCAUGGUUCUGUUACAGACUCUGUAAAAGCAGGCAUUGAACACAUAAUCACAUUCUAAUCUGCCAUCUUUUGUUGGAAGGCAAGAGGUUUUGGUACCUGGAACUACAACAGUUACAAAAAGAGGAGGAAUGAUCUACCUUAGUUCUGCUGCUGUUGCAAGAGCCCUUAUGUAAGAACAGCUUUCUGACUUGCUUUCUGCUUCAGCACUGUGGUGAUCAGCUUUGGCAACAGCUCUGGGGCUUCCCACCUGCCUAACAAUGGGUCAAAUGAAAUGCUGUUAAGGAAUGGCUGAAAUCUGCCUCAGUACAACUGUCUAAAACUGUAGCAUGGAUCAGAUUUUUGUUUUUAAACUGAUGGAUACAGUCUUUCAUGGGAGAAUAAAGCACUUUAGAAUAAUUAGAAGUCUAGCAGUUAGGUAAGUAGCAAUUAUUUACCUGCAUCUGAAAUUAAGCCGCAUCACAGCAAAGUUCUGACUUGCCUAAAUAAUAAUUCUGAAUGGGGAACAGCUCAGCUCUGCAUCCACAGUUCUGUCAUUUAACCCAUUCAUCCCGUGAGAGUUCCCAUUACAAAAAGUAACAACUACAGUGCAAGUGAACUUGCAUGAAGCAAAUUGGUGUUUCCUCCCAAGAGCUCAUGAACAAUCAACACAGGGGCCUGAAACAAAGGGAUGUUUGUGGCUGACCUGCUCAGUAGUUUAGUUUUUAUACAGUCUGGAACUGCAGCACUCCACCUAGGAUGCUGUACAAAACUCUCCAGCUGUGUGGGGUUUGUCUGAGCUGGGCUACUUUGCAUAAGACUAACAAACUGCCCACGCAGGCAGUCUGCGCAGGCCAGACCUUCAGUUACCAUAACUUAACACUGCUGUGCUGCCUGACUGAAUAUACAUUCACAAAGAAUGAAUUUGGUAUCUUUUUUCUCCCCCACUGCAGUGCACUCAAAUUUGUUGCUGAAAAGCAAAAUAAAACAUGGCUUCUCAGCAGAGCAAAAUCAAACAGAAAAGUGCACUUCUGUCACUUGAAAUAGUGAGUUUUAUAACUGCAUGUUCAUACAAAAAAGGCUUAGUUGUAG